UGUGCGCAGUUAUGCAACAAACGUCAAUUUUCGAACAUAACCUAAUAAAUUCAUUCAAAACAUCCAAAAUUUCGAAAUAAGUCUUCUUUCCAAGUCAAAAUGAGUAGAAACAUUCGGGAUAUAUCACCCUUUUUGCAAAAAGUUCGUGACUUUUUACUGGGAAGGUCCCAUACUUUGGCACUGCGAUUCCAAGAGGACAUUGCCACAAGAUCACCACCAUUGCCUAAUCUUCCAGACGGGCCUUCACAUUGUUUGAGUAAUAAUUAUUAUUAUACCAGAGAUGCACGACGUGAAGUGGCCCCACCUGAAAUCGUUGCAUCCGGGCAGAAACUAAUAGCAAGUGAGGAAACUAGUCCAGCAAAGCCCGUGAAAAGUCGUACUCCAGGGUCAGUGUUUCAGUGGGAUUAAAGGGGUAGGAAAAUGUAAAUAAAAAACGGAAACUUAGUGUAAAUUAUUUAGUGUUCAUUUAAAUUUGAAAUAAAAAUAAAAUGUUGACGCAAAAAGUUUUUAUUUGUUGAAUAUACUAAAUAGAACUCUUCCCCCUGUC